AUGGUUCUUUUUGAACUUCAACUUUUGGAGACCACAUUAGAAUUGACACUUAUGCCGGCAAAGAGUACAGUUUCCAUUGGAGACAGUGUCCAAGACAUUGAUGCGCAAAUCAACUACGACGAUGCCAUCAGUUACUGGAGUGAUGUGCCGCCUACAGUGGAUGGUGUAUUGGGAGGAUUUGGGGAACAAACAUCGGUUCCCAAGGCAGACAUUGUGGGAUCAUCGACGUUUAUGAGGAAGUUGAAGACCCGGUGGUCAGCGGAGGAGGGGAAGGAGAAGUACGGGAUAGAGCUAGGGGCGGGUAUUGGUCGAGUGACAAGGGAUUUCUUGCAUAAGAUUUGCGACAAGGUGGAUCUCCUUGAGCCCGUGGAGCCAUUUGUUGAGAGAAUGAGAGUCGAGCUUGGUCCCCUGAAAGAGCAGGGCAAGAUUGGUGAGAUAUAUGACAUUCCCCUGCAGGAUUGGAAGGCGGAGAAGGGGAGGUAUGCAUUAAUCUGGUGUCAAUGGUGUAUUGGACACCUACCAGAUAGUGCGUUUCUUCAAUGGCUUGACGAAUGCAGAAACGGGUUACAGGAGGAUGGUUUACUUGUUCUCAAGGAGAACAACACCAACGACGACGACGAUAUCUUUGACCCAGAAGAUAGCUCCAAGACCAGGUCAGACAAAAACUUCCGUCGUUUAUUCAAACAAGGAGGCUGGAAACUAAUUGCAACAGAUCUUCAGAAAGGUGUCCCUAGGGAGCUGUAUCCCAUCAGAAUGUACGCCCUCAAGCCAUUGAACAAGUAG